AUGCUACGCCUUACUGAAGCCGAAAUGGAUAGGGCUAGACUUCGAAAGCAGUUGGAGAAAGAGCGUUCGGAAAGAGACGAACUUGAGUCAUUAUUCGAAGUAGUACGUGACGAGUGUGAACAAGCCUCAAAUCGUGCCCGUGAUGCCGAAAUACGAUUAGCAAAAGCUGAAAAAUUGUUGACAGAUCUUCGGGAUCAAACUGAUGAACUGGCGGAAUGCAAGGCUCAACUUGUUGUUGCCAAGGAAGACAAUAAUAGGUAUGCUUUUGAUCUACCUUCCACAUUAGAAGUGGCAUUAAGCUUUUUCAUAUACUUCAACUUACCUAAUCCCUUGUUUACAAGCAAAUACUAUGUAUUCAAUCUUGGCUUAGCAGUAUUUAGAAUUUUUAAAGCAGCUCUACUUAGACAGUGA